AUGAGUAGUAGUUCAUCUAAAAACCCUAUGCACAAUAGUGAGGAGAAACCUUCCUCUUCUCCCUCAUCACCAGUAAAGCUAUUUGGUUUCUCAUUAACACCAUCUAACACUCUUCCUUCUAACAACAAGAGAUUCAUAUGCCACUUCUGUCAUCGCGAAUUUACCAAUUGUCAAGCGUUAGGAGGCCAUCAAAACGCACACAAGAGAGAACGCCAAAGAGCACAUUUUCUUUCCAUUCUUCCACAUCAUCAACACUUUGUACCAUCUUCACCAUAUCAUCCUAUGAUAGCACAACAUGGUGCACCAAGAGUAGUGUUACUUUGUCCACCUGGGUCACCAUGGGAGACACAACCUUAUGAAGAGGGUCCUAAUGAGGUUCAUUUUGAUGCAGCUACAUCCAGAAAUAAUGGGGCUUCCAUGCAAGUAGACAAUAAUAUUAUUGAUGGUGAUGUUGAUCUUAAUUUGAGCCUAGCUUGUGCACCUUUAAAUUCUAAGGGCAAAUAG